AUGGCAGACAGGCCCAAUCGCCGGGUAAAACUUUUCGCCUUGAAUGAGUACAAACAAUGGGAUUAUCUAGGCUCGGGGAACGUCACCUCAGUUGCCUCAGAAUCCCAGGGCCUGUUUCUGGUCGUUAGGUCGGAGUCCAGCGGCACACAGAUCCUGGAGUCUGAGGUCCUCCCAGACACGCCCUAUCAGAGACAAAAAGACACAUUAAUUGUUUGGUCCGAGGCCGAGAACCACGGCAUGGCGUUGAGUUUCCGAAACUCGGAAAGUUGUUACGAGACCUGGGAAGCCAUUUGUCGGGUUCAAGGUCGAGACCCCUCUGUUAACGUCACACAAGACCUUUUAGAUGAUUUAGAAGAAGAAAUUGAUGAAACCCUAGAAACCGAUGAUUUGGACGAACUGCCUAACUGUGAACUCAGUAAACUUAAACAGAUCGCUAACUUAGUUACCUCAGCCUUCAGUUCACCUCUCCGUAGGAGAAGGCUGGCUCUGGUCUUAGAAAAUGAGACUUAUAUUAAAAAACUACUACAGAUGUUACACUCCUGUGAGAGCGUAGGAUACACUGAAGGCUUAUACCAUUUGCAUACAAUUAUUAAAGGAAUAUUUUUCCUCGACAAGACAGCUCUGCUUGAUAUCUUGUUUUCUGAGGAGUGCAUCAUGAAUGUGAUAGGAUGCCUUGAAUAUGACCCUGCUUUCGAUCAGCCGAAAAAACAUAGGGAAUUCUUGACCCAAAAUGCAAAUUUCAAGGAAGUUAUACCGAUAACAACCUGUAAACUUAGACAAAGAAUACACCAGACAUACAGAGUACAGUAUAUUCAAGACAUUCUUCUCCCUACACCAUCAGUAUUGGAUGAGAAUUGUCUUUCUGCUCUUAAAACUUUUAUUUUCCUCAACAAGAUGGAGAUAAUUCACAUGCUGCAGUCAGAUGAUAAGUUUUUGCCUCAAAUAUUUGAACAGUUAAAGGACAAGACUAUUGAUAACGAUAAGCGACGUGAAUUGUUAUUUUUUCUCAAGGAAUUUGGUUCAUUUGCUCAGGUAUUAAAGCCUCGAAGCAAGGAUGCACUAUUCAAAACAUUAACACAAAUGGGAAUUCUUCCCACUAUUAAAGUUAUAAUGAGCCUGGAUGAUUAUCAAAUAAAGUCAUCUGCUAUUGACAUAUUUGCUCAUCUGGUGGAGCAUAAUCCAUCAGUGAUCCGAGAAUUCCUACUAGAAGAAGAGCAGCAGAAUGAAAAAGGUAGCCUUCUCAUUAAUUUAAUCAUUAAGCAAAUGAUCUGUGAUACUGAUCCUGAGAAAGCAGGUGCUUUACAUAUAAUGGGACUUCUUCGUUUUAUACUUGAUCCAGAAAACAUGAUAGCGAUGCCACAAAAAUGUGAAAGAAGUAAAUUUCUAAAUUUCUUUUAUAAACAAUGUAUGCAUAACAUAAUAGUACCACUUUUGGCCACUACAUCAGAAGAUAUAUUUGAAGAGGGUCAUAUACUUGGAGAUGACAUAAACAGCAGAUAUUGCCUCCGUGCUCUUCGCCUUAUGAGAAGGAUAAUUGGCCUUAAAGAUGAAGUUUAUAAUUGUUACAUCAUCCAGGGAAAUUUAUUUGAGCCAGUUGUAAACGCCUUUCUGAAUAAUGGAACUCGAUACAAUAUGUUGAAUUCGGCUGUUAUUGAACUGUUUGACUAUAUAAGAGAAGAAAAUAUCAAGUCCCUGCUUACACAUGUAGUUGAAAAGUUUUACAAAACACUUGAAUGGAUUGACUAUGUUCAGACAUUCAAAAAUAUGAAGAUUAAAUAUGAACGAGAAAAAGAGCGCAAGAGGCAAAAGAGUUUGAAUUCUCUGCAGAAUAGUAAAAGGGCCAGAGACUUGGAGAAGAAUAAAGUAUCUUAUAAAGGAGAUAAAGAAAAUUUAGAGGAAGGACAUUCAGGUAUGAGACCAAUGGAAAGUGAUUUUCAAGAUGAUUAUGAUAUAUCUAUGGAGAUUGAAAACACAACAAAAAAUGAAGACAAGGUGAAUGUUCCUAAAAGAACAUCUUCUGGUGACAUCAAAUUUACUUAUUCCCAUUCUGCUGGGGAUGCCAAUGGAACAGAUAACCCAAUGAGAUUAGUGGAUUAUUCGGAUGAUGAUGAAGAAGAAGAUAAAGAAGAUGAAGCGAAGUUCAGGAAAAGACCACAUUUUAAUCCAUAA